CCUCAACUGCCAAAGUUCAUCGCGUCUGCCUCCAUCGGGGGUGGAGCUGUCACACAAGCUUAAAGAGUCGAAAAGGGAUCUGAUCAAAGCUCGAGUCGUUAUCCAGUGCAUUCAGACAGAAUGCUUGCCCUCCGACUCACCGUGUCCGCCCUCCUCUUCUGUGGGACCUGUGGUUUCUCCAGGUACUGGUUUAACCUGUUUAACAACUGCAACCCUCCUGAGCAACUGGUGGGGAAGUUCUGUGCUGCUGUGGUGGACAACGACGCCAACGAUGACGGCAGAGUGGACUUCAGAGAUGUUCACAAACAAAUCCUGUAUUUCAACUACGACGAUGACCCUUGCAGCUUGCAACAGUGGGAGGUCGUGACCAGGUGGACGUGCAGGUACGGCUACUCCGAGGACUACGCCCGAUUCAUGUACUCAAUCUGGGAUCCUAACAAAGAUGGCCUUGUGAACGCAGAUGACUUCACUGGAUUCAAUUUGUCCAAUGUCGACUUCUUAUCGGUUCAAUACAUUCGUUUCAAGGACAUGUACUGCAGUGACCCGAAAAACAGGGAGAACCCCGUUGACCGAGUCCAGUGUGCCGAGGUGGAUGCACUGAAACCAGAGGACAUCAACUGCACAUAAGGAUGACCCACAAUCACCUGCAAGGGUCCGACCAUUUCUCAUUUUUUUCAUCGGAAAAAGUAAAUUGCCGACGAAAUAGAAAAAAGAAAUUGCAGCCCCCCAAAAUUGCUACAUUGCCACUUUUUUAACAAUAUUUUAGGCUUUAAUUAAAAAUAUAUCUGGUUUUAAAGUUGUUACUGAAAGGAUAACUAGCCUCCCAACAGAAUCCCAGCAGAAUAUCAUAUGGUCGGAAACUAAUGUAGAAACGUCAAUAAAGCUGUUGGUGAAAA